CACAAAAAUGAGCAUUUUCAUAGAGAAAUUGUCACAAUCUCAACGUUCUUUGCAGUUCAAUCUACAGACUCGUAUGAGUUCAAUCUACAUUCACUUGAUUACUUUACACUAUAGUACAUAGUCUGUUUUUCUUUGUAGAACUCAAACAAGAGGACAUGUAAAGUCACCCCAAAUGUUCAUGGAAGAGCCCUAGUUGUAGGAUGAUCUUACUCUGUUGAUAGGCAAUAAUUGCCAUGCUAGCACAUAGUUGCAACGCGCUGGUAACAGAGACGGGAAACUCGAAUUUUCAGAGUAUUUUGACCAAUUCAUGCAGUUUUCUUUGUGGAAGUAGAAGAUACUCCUUUGAAGCGAAAGAUAUUUUGAAGAACUGGUAGAUGAUUCAUCUGUGACACGCACUUCGUUGAUUGAAAUUCUUGGAAACGUUCACCUUACAAAUUUUUUCAGUUUAGUAAAGCAAAGUUGAGCCUCUUUGUCACGAUCGUGCCUCGUCUGGUGUUCAAUCUUUCACCGGCGUACUGCGACUACCAUCCGCAAUUUUCGCACCCGCCGCGUUUUGCGCACAACGACUACGUACUUGGGACACCCACUUCGGACAGCGAGUUUUUCUUUUGGAGGAGCCUUGUGGCGAAGGCAACGAUUCGAUCGGAAAGUCAUUCUUCCCUGAUAGAGGUGUUGUAGUGACGCAAAAUGCCAAUGGCAGCUCUAGCAGAGAAGCGCGAAGUCCACGGCGGAGCAACUAGCUCCACUGGCGGUCUAUUCAUAUUUCACGAGCAAAGCAGAGUGCGAAGAACGCUGUCAGAUGAGACGCCACAGGUUUUUUUUCUUAGAACGAGAACCGUUUACUACGGAGACUCCGAAUGAUGUGCGAUGACUUUUCUUAGAAAGAGUAGAAACCUUUGAUUCGACUCCUGCUAGCGAUAGAACAAGAACUAGUUGUCACGUAUUCCGUGGUGGAAUGAACAAUCGUCGUCUUCCGCAAAACUAGAAAUUCUAUCCCUUGAGAAAGUUUCUGUUAUUUUUGGUUCUUCCUUGGCAAAAUCCUUGGUAUGAAACACUACAGGUGACUGUUGGGCGAUCCACAAUAUAUUCGAAGGAAAAGCAGAUGAAUAUCGAAGUGCAGGUGAACACGAAUUUUAUCACGUUCGAAAGAUACAAGAAUGACCCAAAAAAUAAGGUGCGGGCUAUGCUGCGGAACAAAACCAUAGGUAUAAUUGAAUGAAUAUUUUUAGUUAUAUUACGAUAACUACAGCUUGCUACAGCUUUUACUUUUAUUUCAACAGGCUAGAUGAAGAUGAGGGCUUUGAAAGACUCUCUCUAGUUGUACGAAUUUACUUAGAUGAUGACACCGACAUCGGGCACAAGGACAACCUAAGUACGCUAAGGCCUCUGAUUCCCCUCCGUCACGGAAUGAAUGACAGAUGUUGUUUGGGUUCCGCGUCCCUCCCAAAGUGGCAGUGAGGAGUCCCAAGGUAGUGGGUACAACCUGAGGUUACCGCAGAGUCGGCAAGCAUGGGCGGAUUAUAAAAAACAAAACAAGAUCGGCGACGACGUCAGGCUUGUAGUUAGGGGAGAGACUAAUGACGUGGAGGCACUGGAAAUGGUACUGUCAGUGGCAGACGUUUUGGCAUUCCAGGACUCUUCAGGGAGCAUGCAGCAACUCCAAAUUAUGCGGAAAGUCGAGUCACCCGCAAUCGCUCUGCGCAAAGCCAUUCGCGAGUACGUCAAAUGCAAAAGGCUUUGUCACGCAGAGGAAGACAAGCAGGACAAAUUGAACAAGUAUGAAUUUAAUAGCAUUUUGUUCUACUCGUACUUUGUCUUGUUUCAUCUUGCGUAUAGCAAUAGUUAUAGAUUAAAACAAUGAAUAUCGCAGUAGCAAGAAUUAGGGUGGAUCAAUCAGCAAACUUCAAAAAUUUAGGGACACUUUCCGAGCGACAAUAGAGCUCGAGAAGCUCUCUGCAUCGCAUAGCGACAACAGCACCAGGGAAAUUGACUUGCUGCGCAUGAUACAAGAUAUAGAGAAAAAGAUUAGUGAGGCAGAAGCCGACGCUGCAUACGAACUGGAACAGGAACGAAAAGCAGCAGAAGGUAUCUUUCAGAAGCUCUGCGACGAUCAGCUUCAAGCCCAAGAAACCGUGGAGAGCGUCGAGCGGGAUAGCAGAGAAUGUACUCUUACUUCAUCUAGACUACAUUUGGCUUUUCUAAAUUAAUCUACAAGCUAAAAUAACAUCAUCUACAACUAGGCUUACUACCUAGACUACAUCUCGCUUUCAGGAUAAAUGUACCCAUUGGUUUCGUGGUUCUAAUAACGAAGUUGGAGGUCGUAGUUGAUUGUGGAUGUAGACAUCUUCCUAAAAACGAACCACAGACAUGUACGCCUCGGACCCUUCGCUGCGACCUCGGGAACAUCCUGACGAUGUGAAAAAAUUAUAUGAGGGAAGAAAGGUUGAGGGGUUGGCUGAUGCUCCGGCUGAAGAGGAGGAGCAUUUGCAAGUGCCACAAGAAGAUGGAGAGUACGACCAUUUGGCACUUUUGGCUUUCUGUUACUUAUAGCAAUAUUUUUUUUUGAAAAGAAGAACUAACAGCUUCUAACAACUUGAACUCUCCUUUUUAUUACAAAUGGCGUUACCUUGAAGCUAUUAACUAAAUCCAUUUUUUUUUGCAAGGUAUGAUCAUUUCGGGGAGGACGACUUCGCAGCGGACCCCGCGUCGAAACGUCCGAAAAAGGAGCGCGGAAAUAUGGAUGCAGACGAGGCUGAUCGGUUGGCAGAUGCCGAUUAUGCCGCUGAAGAAGAGGAAGGCGGUGAUCUCUUCGCGGAUCAGGAGGAUGAUCUUCUAGCCGAUUAGAUGACAAGGUGGACGGUCUUCUAGCAGUCCUCUUCGAGUAGAGUCGAUACGAAGCUGAAAAUUUGUUGUAGCAGUUCGUAGGACAGAAAAUUAGGAAGCUUGAUUCAAUGGCGCGCUCCAAGAACGUGCAGACCACGGUGAAAAGUAGUUUGCUCUUGUUAUAGCAGACUUGCUUGAUGCUGCGCGAUUGAAUUGGCGCUUGACCAGCAUGGUGACAUGAUUCUUGGUGACAGCAUUUAGAAGUCUAGCACUAAUGGCAUGCUCACACUCUCAAAUGAUUUUUUGCGCUCGAUGAAAACACACUUUCACAAUCGAUUCCAUUUUUUUUUUCGAGCACGCUAAUGCGAGAAUUUCUGUAGCCACACCAGGAACCAAUAGUUUUCACUCUUCCGACUCCCCAAAGUUUAAGUGUGCCCCAUUUGCGGGAGCGAGACAGAAUGACUUCUACCCAGCGAGCCUUGUGCUAUGGCGCUAACGUGCUCUGUCGGGCUGAUGUGAUGCACAGUGGGGGUGUCCAAUACUUAUGGAGAAAACAAAGAUGAAAUAUCGUACUGUGUCUAUUUUCGG